AUGGCCUGGAGAUCUACAGGAAGGACAAAUGAAGAGCUGGUGAACAAUUUGAAAAAACAUAACGUUAUAUCCUCUGAUCGUGUCCACAGCGUCAUGAUGGCUGUGGAUCGUGGCUUCUUCAUAAAAUAUAAUCCCUAUGAAGAUCGUCCACAGUCCAUUGGUUAUAGCGCAACAAUUAGUGCGCCACACAUGCAUGCCUACACACUAAAUGUCCUGGAGCCCAAAUUACAACCGGGAGCCCGAGCAUUGGAUGUAGGCUCGGGAAGUGGGAUUCUGACCGCUUGUUUUGCUUUAAUGGUUGGUACGAAUGGUCUGGCGGUAGGAAUAGAGCAUGUGGAAGAGCUGACGAAGCUCUCCACUGUCAAUGUACAAUCUUGGUUGGACUCUAGACCUAUGUAUAACGGUUCUGAAGUGGAUCUCAGGGUGGGUGAACAGGUCAAACUCGUCACCGGUGAUGGUCGUCAAGGUUAUCCUCCCGAUGCACCGUAUGACGCCAUACAUGUCGGUGCUGCUGCCCCCUCUAUACCGCAACCUUUAGUGGAUCAGCUAAAACCGGGCGGACGUCUAGUGUGUCCGGUGGGUCCUCCAGGCGGCAAUCAAGUCCUCUAUCAAGUGGACAAGGAUCGCACUGGACGCCACACCACGGUCACCGAACUGAUGAGCGUCAUCUACGUGCCCCUCACCGAUCUUCAUCUCCAGACUAAGAUCCCAGAAAUCGAGAAGAUUUAUGAAUUGUACUUCCCCUUCCACUUCUCCCUCAUGGACCUCAUACUUGCAAGGUUUAAACUGCGGAUGACGGUGCUACAACAGGUUUUGGCCUUAUGGCUUGAGAGCGCAAUUUUAAGUUUCGUUCUGCUCCAUCCUUCCCUGCCGUUACGCUCUUAA